AUGGAUAAAACACCAGCACCCAUAUUCCGCCGGAAAAAUCUCCAUAUACCCUCGUCAGCCCUUCCUUCAUCGUCGCCGUCCUUUGCGACCCCGGUACACCCAUUGAAGCCGUUCAAUGUCAACGCCCCCAAAGCCGGCAUACUUCCGAUUAUCCUCCCGCCACCAACAUUGCGACCUUUGGCCUUUCGAACGUUUACCAAGAAACAUUCCCUCAUACUGACUUCCUCGGCGCUGCAAGAGCUUGCGUCCUUUAUUGGCCGACACUGUGGAUCGGGAUGGCGCGAAGAUGGACUCGCGGAAAGGGUGCUCGAAGAGGCGGCCAGAAGCUGGAAGAAUCGCAAUGGCCCUGCCAUUGUUGACGGAGAAAGCAAAGAACUCCAUGAGAUUCUGAAGACACUAGAGGGAAGCAUGAGCGGUGGCAAGCUCGUUGGUCCUGGGAGAGGCCUGCCUCGCGGUGACAGCAUGCUCGAUGUCAACCCUGGCGAUUCAUUCAAUACUCGACUUGGAUUGCGCCCAACAGGUCCUAUACGAGAGGAUAGUAAUGCUAGCUUCGGAAUGACGGGGCUCGAUGUACAAGAUGGAGAGCAUGACGAUGACGAGACAAAUGACCCUCGAGCAUGGUUAAAAGUUAUUGAUGCUUUUGAGCAGCCGCGACUCUAUUACAAUGUCUCAAAGAAGCAUUUUGAGAGGGACACGACAAAACCAUCGCUCCUACCAAAGGCCUCACACAAAACGGCCGCCUUUCGUAACCGAUACGAUGUCAUUCACCAACGACUUCUCCGCCACGAAUCCUUUCAAACCCCCACCGUCUCCUCUUCUCGAUCCCACGACUCCCAAAAAGGAUCCUCGAAUCCCCAAGCUCUAAAAAUAACGCCCAUUGCGAACAUGCUCGGACGCCACGGCAGCAACCACAUGCUGCUCGGGCAGCUCAACGUCCUACCCACUGGCGGACUGGCCAUCAGCGACGUGACCGGCACCAUUGCGCUGGAUGUCAAGCAGGCUGUCGCCAUCCCCGAAGACUCGGCCUGGUUCUGCCCGGGCAUGAUUGUGCUCGUGGACGGCGUGUACGAAGAGGAGGACGAGUCCGUGGGCAAGGGCCUCAGCGGCAGCACCGGCGUUGGCGGCACGCUCGGCGGCCGCUUCCAGGGCUUCUUCAUCGGCCAGCCGCCGUGCGAGAAGCGCCGUGCGACGCUCGGCAUCACCGGCCCCGAGCAGACACCCGACCACGCCAUUGGCGGUGGCUUCGGCUGGAUCGACUUUCUCGGCGUGGGCAGCGAGCGCGCCGUGGGCCAAAAGAUGCGCCGGCUCGAGCGCCGCCUGCUCGCGCCGCCCGCCCCCGAACCCUCCUUUGGCGAUGAAGAUGCCGGCGGCCGGGUCGGGCCAUCCCGCGGCCGGGUCGUCGUCAUUGGCGAGCUCAACCUGGACCAGCCGCGCGCACUGCAGGCGCUCCGCAAGAUCCUCGCCCUGUACGGCGCCGAGCCCGUGGGCUGCGCGCCCGUCGCCUUUGUCCUCGCCGGCAACUUCACCCAGCACGCCGUCAUGGCGCGGGGCGGCAGCAGCGGGGGCAGCAUCGAGUACAAGGAAUACUUUGACGCGCUGGCCUCGGCCCUCGCCGACUUUCCCACCCUGCUCCAGACGUCGACCUUCAUCUUCGUGCCAGGCGACAACGACGGCUGGGUCUCGGCGUUUACCGCCGGCGCGUCCACGCCCGUGCCGCGCCAUCCCGUGCCAGACCUGUUCACCUCGCGCGUGCGCAGGGCCUUUGCCACCGCCAACGCCGAAGCCGGCGCCGCGGCGCGCGGCGUCCCCGGCAGCGCCGUCUGGGCGUCGAACCCGGCGCGCGUCAGCCUCUUUGGGCCCAACCACGAGCUCGUGCUCUUCCGCGACGACAUGUCGGCGCGCCUGCGCCGCACCUCGGUGCGCUUAAAGAAGGACACGUAUGGCAGCGGCACGGCAGCCGAGACCGACAACGCCCAGACCCAGGCCGUGGCGCCGCCAGACUCCAUGGAGGUGGACAAGGACGACGACGUCGCCGAGCCUCGACGCGGGCAGCCACCACAGCCCACGCAGGAGGCGCCGGCCGUGACGACGACGACGACGUCGCUCCCGCAGGACGUGCGCUCGGCGCAGAAGCUCGUCAAGACGCUCCUCGACCAGGGCCACCUCGCGCCGUUCCGCACCGCGACGCGCCCUAUCCACUGGGACUUUGCGUCGGCGCUGCACCUGUACCCGUUGCCGACGGCCAUGGUGCUCGUCGACGCCUCGGCGCCCCCGUUUUGCGUCACGUACGAGGGCUGCCACGUCAUGAACCCGGGCACCGUGCUCGUGCCCGGUCGCAAGGCCGUCGGCCGCUGGAUCGAGUAUGAGCUGGGCAGGCUUGGGAGGCUGCGCGAGUGUACGUUUUGA